AUGGAGACUGAUCAGCCUGCACCAGAAAACCCAGACCAGGGAUCCCCGGAUGACCAACGAACAAGCCCUGCAAGGUCCUAUGAGUGCACUUUUUGCAAGAGAGGUUUCUCCAAUGCGCAGGCCCUGGGUGGCCACAUGAAUAUUCACCGUAGAGACAAAGCCAAGCUCAAGCAAGCUUCUUCACCAGGUGAAACUACUCAACAAUCUCUGGACAUCGUCCCAAAGAUCAUCCCAUCCUCGUAUUCUCCGAACCAUCCGAGCUGCACAACAGUUCUACAGCCUAGAGCGGAUGCCAAGUCUAGUCAAGAAAUUAGAAGCAGCCCUGGAAAGUGGCCUUGGGUUAUUCAGGGGGACGAUGAUGCUGACAAAAGAGACAAAACCCACGUUGGGGAAAUCAGACAACUGCCUUUGUUCGAUGAAAAACCAUCAACAACAGAUCAAAAUUAUCCAAGCAGUCAAGUUCAAGGGGGCAUUGGAAAGGGUAUAUCAUCAAGCCAGUGGUCAUCAGGGUCCGAUCAGUUGGACCUUGAACUUAGACUGGGGCCAGAGCCUCAGGAUUCGUCGCCAACAAUGACUACCAAAAAGUUCUUUUAA